AGCUCCUCCCAGGCCUUGUGGGCCAAUGAAAACCAUUUUGCUGCGCUUUGGCGUUGAUGAGAAACCUUUGCCCCGGACAUGCCCGCUAGCUCUGGACCUUUGUUGGCGCAUCAAACGACUAAAUUCUGCCCAGAUGUUCAUCUGCUGUUCAUGAAUGAAUGUGGUUUCAACGAUUUUGGUUGCAAGGUCAAGCUUACUUCUUGCUGAAGGGACCAAAAUAGAACAACAACGAUGUUGACGGAAGGGAUAACAAUACUUGGAAUCCCCAUUGCCAUCUGGGCAUUGCUUGCUAUAAUACUAUAUGUCGUCUCCAACUCUUUCUCAAAUACUGCGAAGCUGAGGAAAGUCCCUGGUCCAUGGCUGUAUGCAGCAACAAGAUUCAGGCUGGCUUUCGAUGCCUGGCAAGCAAGAUCUAUUCACACGGUGAACAAGCUCCACCAAAAAUACGGGCCUGUCGUACGGAUCGGACCAAAUGAGAUCUCAUUCAAUAGUCUGUCUGCCCUGCGGACGAUAUACGGUGCUGGAAGUGGCUUUGAGCGGACUUCUUUCUACCAAAUGUUUGACGUUUAUGGCCGACAAAACCUCUUCACGUUCGCCUCUGGAAAACUCCAUCGCGAGCGGAAGAAGCUGAUCAGCCACAUUUAUGCCAACCAGACCGUGCUCGGCUUCGACGCCGCACAGCUGGUCAAGAGAAAAGUGAUGGGGUUUCUGACGCUUCUGGAACGAGAGCCUGAUCUCGGAAAGGAGAUCUUUACGAGUUUGCAUUACUUCUCCUUCGAUGCCAUCUCCGAGUUCGUGUAUGGCCCAGACCAUGGAGGAACGGCUGCUUUGCCAGGAUCUAAGCAGUCCCGGGACCUCAUUCAAGACAUCCUCAACCCAGCUCGUAGGAGAUUGGCAUGGUUCGCUGUUUACUUUCCCACGUACACAAAGUGGAUCACAACCCGCACGGGUCUUCUGGAGAGAGUGCUGACUUCCAUGGGGCUGAUGCCUAUGCGCAAGCCCUUCACAUAUUCUGGAAUCCGUCAGCAUGCAUUAAAGGCAUUCUACAGUUUCAAAAAUGCAGAGGCUGCUGUGCAAGCCAAAGCUGCCGAAAGCACCGUCAUCGGGCGCCUAUUCAAAGUGCGAGAAGAGGCUGGACUGUCCGACCUGGACAUUGCCUCCGAAUGCGCCGACCAUCUGCUAGCCGGCAUUGAUACGACUUCAGACUCCCUCAUGUUCAUGAUCUGGGCACUUUCGCUUCCUCAACAUGAGACAUACCAAGACAAGCUCAGGGAGGAGUUGUCGCACAUCUCCGUGGACAGCCAGGGGCUUCCAGAGCCCAAGGACUUGACUCAGCUUCCUUACCUGAACGCGGUCGUGCGAGAGUCUCUGCGCCUGUACGCACCUUUGCCUGCCUUUGAGCCUCGAUCUUCGCCUGUGGAUACGGUGAUCGAUGGUUACGAGAUUCCUGCAGGCACGAUCGUGGGCAUGUCACCGUACUGUCUGCACAGAGAUGAAGGUGUCUAUCCUUCUCCACUGACCUUCAGACCGGAAAGAUGGCUCACAGAUUCCGGCACUCUGAUCCCUGAGUCGGACAUUAGGAAUCGAUAUUUCUGGGCCUUCUCCAGUGGUGCACGCAUGUGUAUCGGCAUGCACCUGGCUAACGCAGAAAUGCUCACUCUGCUGGCUGCCAUGUAUCGGAAGUACAAGACAUCUGCAGAACAUCCCGACACGUCGCCUGGUAUCACCAGCCGGUUUGAAAUUUUCAGCGACGAGACGAUGCCCAAGAUGGUGGAACAUGAGUGUGUGAUCGACUUUGUGGAGCUGGGUGCGAAAUGA